GAAGUCCUGUUGUUUUGUGGAUGCUUUUUGUGUUGACUCUGUAGCUAGUUAGCUAACUACCAUAACAUUGUUUUCUCUCAAUACCUCUGGUAUUUAUAUUUAUUCGAAUAGCUUCAUAUACAGUAAAUGCUACAACUUAAAUCUCGAAAUGAUAAAAAAUGCUAUUAGGACCGCCAUGGAGAGAGACAGUAGCUAGCCUGCUAACGUAAGCUAGAUAGCUUCCUAGCCUUUUGCUAGACUGGAUCGUAACACUGACUCACCUGAACAAAAGUAGCUAAACGUUACCAACUCUUAACUGUAGCUAGCUACACAUAGACAGUUUGCUAUGAUGUCUGAAGCCAUUGUAACCUUCCAGUCUCAGCUCUCCGGAGUCAUGGAGACGGUAUUCAAGGCUGCUAUGUACGAGAUCACCAGGCUGGUGGAGGAUAGCUUCCUCAAGGAGGUGUCCCGGAGCCGGGAGCAGGUCGAGUCACUGAAGAAGCGGCUGCAGUUGUCGGAGAACAGACGUAGGGAUGGGGACAGAGAGGUCGGCCGUACGGGGAAGUGUGCGGACUGUGGGAGAGCUGACGAGGAAGCCGAGGAGAGAAGCUCUGGAACCUCACAGACAGGUGUGGAGAGGGGGCGUGGCCUGAAGCAGGAGAAAAUACAAGGGGAGGAGUGGAGCAGCUGUGGGGGCGUGGCCAGGGAAACAACCUUCAAUGAUCUGGAGGAGGCAGUGGCCACCAGCCCUAGGAGAACCUCUGAGUCCACAGAGGUCGGAGGUCAGAAGCUGGACAGUCUGCUGAAAGAGGAGGCUCUCCACAACACUGAGCUACAGGAGAGAUGGGAGUUCUGCCUGGAUGGGGCCGAUGGUUCAGACGUCUCGGGGCCCAGUAAGAGUUUUAUUCAGCAGGAUCUACAGCGGUGCCAGGAUGACUGGGCUUCUGGUCUAGACCAGCAUCCUGAACCACCGGGCCCCGAGGGAGAGCCAGAGGACCCCACCGACCCUCUCUACCGCCCUCGUUACAGCAUGGAGGACCUUGGGGGCGCCUUUGAAAAGUCUGGUUACAGCGGUGAUGGUGGGAGCGACCAUCUUCUAGACAUGGAAGGGCUGGAUAGGCUUCCUGGUUCUCCUUCUCGUCUGGGGGCGCUGAGCUACGGAGCUGUGGGUCACUACCAAGUGAACCUGGGGAGAUCUGAGGGGGGAGACCAUCACCAUCGCUCCCACAUGCCUCGCCCCCAUCAGAGCCGGAGGGAGCAGGUGGGGUCGCCAACGCCAUCCCCCCACCCGGAGGUGGGAGACCGGAACUGCCUAUUGAUAAACGAGGAGGGGUACCUGCAGGACUCCAGUGUCUUGUACCCAGAACACGGUGUCCCAGAGUCAGGUAGCAGAGCCGGCCACAGGGGGCUAACCUCCAUCCACUCUGGAAGCUCAGCCCACAACAACAACACAGAGAGCCUGUAUGAUGCCGCUGACGACUUUGGACUCUCUCUAAACCUCAGAGAUCGUUCACAAGAGCAGGUAACAGGAGGAGGGGGGAGGCGUCAUGCCUGCAAUCAAUGUACAAUGACCUUCCCAGACUUUGGUUCCCUCAAGGCCCAUAAGCAGACACACAAAACUGGUAGAGAGUCAGGGUCUGGGCCUCCGUACUCCUGCACCCAGUGUGGUAAGACCUUCACUCAGGCCUGCAACCUCAAGGUCCACCAGCGGGUCCACCAGGCAGAGGGACUCCACCUCUGCAGCCACUGCGGCAAGGGCUUCACCUCCUUCUCCGACCUGAAGAGGCAUAAGUGCAGCCAGACCACAGACAAGCCCUACUGCUGCUCCAUCUGUGGGAACAAAUUCAGUCGGCUCUGGAACCUCAAGCUGCAUCAGCGCAUUCACACGCAGGAGAAACCCCACCGCUGCACUAUGUGUGACAAGAGCUUCACACGCGCAGACAUUUUGAAAGUGCACCUGCGCAUCCACACUGGGGAGAGACCUUACUGCUGCGCUGUGUGUGGACUCCGCUUCAAACGACUGGACCAUCUGAAGUUGCACCAGCGCAAACACAGGCCAGAUCUCCUGAACAGACACACAAGCAGUAUGUCGGAGAACCUCGUCCUCACCUUCCAGACCCAGCUCUCGGGAGUCAUGGAGACGGUCCUAAAGUCAGCCAUGUAUGAGAUCACCAGACUGGUGGAGGAUGGCUUCCUGGAGGAGGUAAGACGUGGUCAACAGGAAGUGACACGGAGCCACCAGGAAGUGGAGUCUCUGCGGAUCUUGCUGCAGCGGGCAGAGAGUCAGCUGAAGGAUGUCAGUCAGAGGGCCAGGUGUGGAGACUGUGGCAGGACAGAUGUCUACAACGAGGAAACAGACGACAGACCUCCAGGAAUACAGGACAGUGUGCUUCUGCUGAGCGGGUGUGACCUGAAGCUGGAGGAGGAGCCAGAGGUCAGGUGGAGAAGCUGUGGACAGGAAACAGUGGAGUCAUCACAGGUAGCAGCUAAACCAACUCCUCCCACUCCUCCAGCUCCCAGUCCUUCGCUGGUAGGCAGUGUUAAGGAGGAGGAAGGGGAGGAGGACAUGGAGCCGUGGAGAAUCACGGUGGCCAUACAGCCGUCUGCAGCUCACACCUACACAGAGGUGCAGCGGGACUCAGACACACUCGUUCAGAGUACACGGGACUCUAUUGGGUUUCCCUCUGCUGACCCAGAGGUCCAACAGGUCACCCAGACACCCAGACUAGCAGGGCCAUCUCAGAACCAGAGCAGAGGACCCAGCAAUGACAGUGACAGAACGAGGAGUAGAGCCUCACCGGUGUGGAUAGGCCAUAGAAUAUUAGACACGGAUACUGACGUUCACAGACAAGGUCAGUCGAACCUACGACUGGUAAGAGAGCCUCUGUCGUCCUCUGAAUCGGCAGAGGCGAAGCAGCUAGCUAGAGAUUUCGCUCCCCCAACCAAUCCCAGCACAGCGGGGGCCUCUGUCUCCUCCUCCUCAUCUGGCUGUCAUGUCUUCAGCUCUCUAAACUACAGGAUUCCUUCCAAAUAUAAGCCCAGCGCUCAAACCCUGCCGCGCAUGAGAGUAUACAGGGAUGCUGCCAAGCGGGGCGGCUACCCAAUGUACAACAGGGGGACCGCCCAGGGAGGGCUCACCUCCUCCCAAACACCAACCCAACAAGGGAACCACCAGCAUCACCACCCUGGGAGGCUGGCCCUCCGCUGCCCAGUGUGUGGUAAGGUCUUCCCCCAUCCCAGUAGCCUUAAGGCCCACCAGCAGACCCACACGGGGGAGAGGCCGUUCAUCUGCGCCCUGUGUGGCCGGAGCUUCACUAAGUUAAGCAACCUGAAGGCCCACCGGCGCGUUCACACUGGGGAGAGACCCUACAGCUGCUCGGACUGCGGCAAACGCUUCACACAGAAAUGCAACCUUAAGAGGCACCAGAGGAUUCACAUGGAGAAUGAUAUAUGAUGUGGGCGGGGAGGAGUGUGUGUGUGUGUGGGGUGGAGUGUGUG